AUGUUUGUUCGGGAGAUCAAUGAGUGUGAGCAGCUUUACAGUUUGGAUGUACUCGGUGUUGAGGACCGCAGCGAGAAAGACCAGAUGGAGGUGCUGACUGACUUUCGAGAAAGUGUAACAAGGCAAAAGGAUGGUCGAUAUGAAGUAAGUAUACCAUGGAUUCCUGGAGCCAGAUUGUACGGUACUAAUGAACAGCCGAGCAGAAUACGCCUAGCCAAUGUCAACAAGAAGUUGAGUAAAGAUCGAUCAUUACUAGUAGAGUAUGAAAAGAUAGUUAAAGAUCAGCUUGCCAAUGGCAUCGUAGAAAAAGCCCCAGAAAAGCCAGCAGGAAAACGUACAUAUUACAUGGCUCACAAGCCUGUGAUCGGGGAAAACGCAACAACAACAAAGAUCAGAAUGGUUUUUGAUGCUAGCGCUAAACUAGCCCCAUUGGCUAACAGUAUUAACAAAUGUAUGUUCACUGGACCGUCCUUGCAACCACUACUUUGGGACAUCUUGAUCAGAGUGCGUAUGACACCAAAUCUACUUCUGGCAGAUAUCCAGAAAGCCUUUUUGCAAAUUGGUGUUAAGGAAACGGACAGAGAUGCUUUUUGA